AAAUCGAUAUGGAAAGUCAAUCCGCUCAAGACAGCGGAUUAAAAUUUAACCUGUACAAUGCAGAAGUAGAGAAAAGGUCGAGCAAUAUACAAAGAGAUACACAUUGUUCAUUGAACAAAAUAACUCUAUACUUCCAGACCGGUAGCUGGUCUUAACCCCCGUAAUGACCUCAAUAUCCGACGUGUCAUGCCGUACAGUUUUUCCUGGAAGUGAUCUUAAAAAACUUCAGCCGGAAGAACUAGCAAGAGCACAUGCACUAAAUGGUAUAUUAAGCUACGUUUGUCUCGCAAAGCGAAAGAAUCAAACGAUUUCAAAGGGCAAUACCGUCUUGAAAAUAUUUGGUCUACAUCAAGAGAAGAGUAAGUAAAACUAAAUUUGGUGUAGAACAAUUUAUAAUACGUAUACGACUGUAAAAUGUUAUGUUGGUAUAUAUAUUUAUACACAUUCAUAUUAGUCGCAUACCAAACAGUGGUCUUGUUAUAGACUCAGAGUUGUAGUGUACUUUAAUGUACGUCUACAUUAUGUAGUUUUUGGGAAUACACUUUUAUAACGGUAGCUUUUCGUAUAUCAUAAUUCAGAUGUCGUGACUUAAUUGCAGUUCACUGAUAAAUGAACAAUCCGAUAAAGGCGAUAUCUCAAAGACGACAUACAUGGAAUUAUAUAACAAAGUCAAUAAAGCGACAUUAUGAAUUAUGAACGCGAAAUAUGCCACAUUACAUUAGCACAUAUAGCUAACCAACCGUCAUUGGCGUCACAGUCUGUAUAUAAUAUAUAUAUAUAUAUAUAUAUACUUCCUGAGACUGAGUGUAUUGGCGGGUUGUGAUAUACAGGUAUCUCCAAAUAUGUAUUCAUGCAUGUACUGGUGUUUUUAACCGCAGUGUCUCGCUGCCUUAGUUACGGUCAACAUAUGCAAGAAUUUACGCGAGAAUACACUGGGAAAGAAAUACAAGAAACUAUAAUUUUAUCCUUGCUCAUGCAGUGAGGCUGAUACAGGUCGCGAAUUCGUGAAAGUUGGCGCAUUUGAAAAUUUGAGUAUAAUGAAUUUUUUCAAUGACAAUUAAUGGCGAUGUCAAUGAUUAUAAUUUGACGGCCUGACACAAAGAAACUGAUAAUAUAUAUAUAAGCUCUUAGUAUAACAUAUUUUUUACUUGCAUAUAGACGACCAUAAGGGAUGGCUGGAAAUAAUUCAGACAGUCGGUCAUCUGUUCCUGGUGAGCUGCAAAAUGGGGCUGAUAAUCAAGUUGCAAUAGGCGAUAGUAAUGGUGCAGAAAUAACAUCAGUUCCAGGUGAGCCUGGUUUUCAAGACAAAGAUGACGAUCAAGAUGAUAUAGACCUCAAAGCAAACUUGUUCCGCGUAGAAAGUGAUAUAUUUUGGAGCAUAAUUUGCGGAUUUCUCAACAACUUAUCAGAGCAGGAAAUUUCUGCUGCGAAAGAUCACUUUUGCAAUUGUGUGAACUCGAUUAUUAAGGCAUAUGAAGAGAAAGCCCAAGAAGCAAAAUUUUGGAAAGAUUUGUUGAAACGGAAAACUAAAGAAAAGAACAAAAAAAUAAAAGAACUCGAACAUUGUGUCUCUGAAUUAACCAAACAGUUAGAUUCAAAAGUAUGCGAAAAAUGUGGUAAAAAGGGAAUAUCUGAACAAUUUCGUUCGUUAUCAGUGAACGAGAAUACGAAGGGUAAAACAGAAAUUGAUGGACCACAGGUAGUAAAUAUGGACAAUAGAAGUAAGGGACCGCUUGAAAACGAGGAAGCCACUGGAGACAAAACGGACACUGGAAAGUCGAGAUCUCGAUCAACCCCCAACGUAAGGUGUCCUUACGCUUUUUGCGGGUUUGUUUCGCUUCUGUGUUUACUUCACGAAAAGGGGAUCUAUUUCUGCGCCAUAAAAUUACUCCUAAAAUUAGGAGCAGAAACUGAUUGCGAGCCCCCAAGUUGUACGAAGAUCUUGAACAACCUCCACGAAUUGCGGUUCCUCAAGAGAGUAUAUAAAUGUCCUGAUGUCGAUCAGGUUGGACGAGACGAAACCUUAAAAAUAGCUGCAAACGAAUUAAAACUAUCAGGACAAAAGGCAGGUUUAUUGUCGUAUUCGACAGAUGAUUUCAGUCAUUGCCUUACGGUAUACCUAACAGAAAAGGAAGGCGAGUUGGAAAUUCACGAUGCGGACGAAAACGUUUCUCACAUCACCGAUUUUGAAAACGUUAAUAUCCUCGAGUUGAUUGUUUUGAGAUGUGACAGAAAUGGUGAACCACUAAUUGUUAAAGAAUGGGGAGAUCAAUGUCAUAAGGAUAUAUGUGAAUACGAACUGAGACGACUGAAGUCAGACUACUCAACGCCCAAUGCUGUUAUGAAUGGGGACAAUAGAAAUGGGGCAUUUCGUGAAGAUAAUCCCGCAGAUGUUUUUGAGGAUGGCGAUGAUCAGAAUAGUGAAAAAAGCAUUUUGUGACGUGGUCUUAUUGAGCAAAAAUUACUUGAUUCAUUGUUAAUCCAGGUGAACUACCGAAUGAAGAUAAUCUAGAUAAUAGUUAAAUCCAGUUAACUCAGAAAUGCACGAGUCUGGUUUGCCAAUUCUGUCCUUAACUACAGUUAAAAGUUAACUAGUUUUUUAA